AUGGCCCAGAAAGCAGCCAAGUCUUUGGCCAGCCGCAAUGCGGCGGUCCUUCACCGUACUCACCUCACCUCGGCCGCAAUUCAUAUCAUCUUCCUCGUCCUUCACUUCAUGUUCCAGCGCCCUGGCUCUCUAAAACGUUACAUCUUCCUUGGAGUCCCGGCUCUCGUCAUUGAGUUUUACCUGGACAAAGUUGGCCGUCCGUGCUAUACCCAGGAUGGUUUCCUUCGCUCGGCCGGGGAAGAUCUUAAUGCCACUGGCUUGACCGAGUACAUGUGGGAUGUGCUGUACUGGACACAGGGCUGCAUCGUCGCUGUCUGCAUCUUCAAUGACCGUGCUUGGUGGCUCUGGGCCGUGGUUCCCUUGUACUCAAUCUACUUGGCUUAUACUACAAUCAUGGGGGUGAAGAAGGGAUUUGCUGGCCUAGGCGGUAACGGUGAAGGCGAGGGCGAAGAAGGUCCCAAGAGCAAGACGCAACAGAAGAAGGAGAAGCGGGGCGAUCGACCCAAGUACCGAAGUCGUUGA